AUGGUCCAGCAGAUUGCUGAUUUCACGUUAUCAGCAUUGCAACGCCUUAUCAUAUUUUUGUGUAACCAAGGUCAGGCUGCCAUACAUUUUCCCACAGUCAAGAUCCUCGCUCAGAUACUGGGUCAGCAACCACUGCCAACAGAGCUGAUGGAUUUUUAUGCCCAACUGGUGGGUAUCCUAAGCACGCUCACUCCUGCUGACCUCUCUGCACUGCUAGACAAAGUGGCUCCAUCCUCAAUGGUUCCAUUGUCACUCUCUGACAGCCCACCUUCUGUCACCAUGCAUCAAGAUCUAACAACAUCAUCCCCAGCUCGCUUUGGUGAAGAGCAAACUCAAGCUGACAAGUCCAAAUUGCAGACCAAUCAAUCUCUGCAACAAUUUCUGGCGGUGAUACGCUCACAAAGACGCCAACCACAUCAACACCCAUAUGCUGCUGCAGCUUCUACUCCUACUCUUGCACAUCAAUCUUGUUGA